GAACUUUGAAACCACGUACAGAGGUUGUUCGUGGACACGUUUAAAGCCGCCUUACAAAGCUGGAGGAGGGGGUUCAUACGCACACGGAUUUAGGACUUGCUGGGGAGCCCGUCAGCCGCGGAGAGGCAUGUUCCCUCUGUGACAGACUGUCCAGGAGAACUGUUUUGACAGUGGGAUAGCAUCAUGGAAGAGGCUUGGGGUACCAUCCUGGUACUGCUCAGGGUGUGGUUCACCACCGUGGUGCUCCUUAUCAUGCUGCCGGCCAUGUUGGGCAUCUCCCUGGGGAUCACGGAGAUCUACAUGAAGAUCCUGGUGAAGACUCUGGAGUGGGCAACGCUGCGGAUCCAGAAGCACAACAGGAGGCAGGACCUAAUCAAGGCCACUGUCCCCAAUGGAAUCAUCCAGAGGGACGACGGCUCCAUGGAGCAGGAGAUCGGAGAGCUGCGCCGGAGCAGGGCCAAGUCCCUCUCUAGGGGCAAGUUCACGCUGUGCGACGUCUUCUACUUCACCCGGAAAGGUAUCGAGAGCAUCGUGGAGGACGAGGUCACCCAGCGCUUCUCCUCUGAGGAGCUGGUGUCCUGGAACCUGCUCACAAGGACCAAUAACAACUUCCACUACAUCAGCCUGAGGCUAACCAUCAUAUGGGGGCUGGGCGUUGUCAUCCGCUACUGCGUCCUGGCCCCGCUCCGGAUCACCUUGGCAACUAUUGGGAUAUCCUGGCUGGUGACAGGGACAUCCUUGGUGGGGCUGCUGCCUGACAUCAGUGUGAAGAGCUGGCUGAGCGAGCUGGUCCAUCUCAUGUGCUACCGGAUCUGUGCCCGGGGCCUGUCUGCCACCAUCCGCUACCACAACAAGUGAGAUCACCCCGCUGCUGAAUCCUGCCUGCCCACAGUGCCUUAUCAGUGUUACUCAUGCUCCCGCUUUGCCCGUGUUUUGGCCCUAAUUCCAGACUGUCCUUUCUGAGUUUUACCACUUACUUUCUUUCUAACUAUAGCCCUACCCUCUGACUGCUAAUCUACGUCUGCUUUUACCUUGCUGACUUUCCAGUCCAUCAGCCUUGGUCCUGGUAGCUAGCAGCCAGGCUAUGCUACUCACUAACAGUGGCAUUACCAGGUGGCUAACAGUCUCUGUCAGGUUAUGCUUCUAACUAACAGUGACAAUAGCAGAUGGCUAACAAUCUAUGUAAGGCUAUGCUACUACCUAACAGUGACAUUAGCAGGUGACUAAAGGUC